AUGGCCUCAAGCUGCAUUACAAGUCCCUGGGGCGGCUGUCGAAGUAACGUGCCUGCACUGUCGGAGUUACUCCCCUCUGAGUUCCUCGAAGAAAUACCAUUGUCCCUCGAAGUAACGUGCCUGCACUGUCGGAGUUACUCCCCUCUCCUUCCAUUGUCCCUCGAAUCGAGCACGAGCAGUUGGCCAGCCAUACCAACCCAGGUCGCAUGCAUGCACCUUCUCCCCAUACCACCCUUCUCUCCUCGCCCAUCCUUCGCCAUCCUUUCCUCAGGCCUCUUGUCUCUUGUGGAAUCUGAGGUAUUACAAGAGCACGAGCAGUCGCCCAACCGCCCGCUCUUUCUAGUGGGGGAGUCAUUCGGUGCUCUGCUGGCUGCAGCAGUGGCGGCGAGGAACCCCUCCUUGCCUCUCACUCUCGUCCUCAUCAACUCAGGUCAGAAACGGAAGUUGGGUAGUAGGCAGGCAUCAGGUGGUUCUAGGCAUUACGGGAGCAAGAGCAGUGGCUCAGCCGGCCGCUCUUUCUCGUGGGGGAGUCGUUCGGUGCUCUCCUCGCUGCAGCAGUGGCGGCGCGAAACUCCUCCUUGCCUCUCACUCACUCCCGUACUCAUCAACUCAGCCACCAGCUUCCCCCGCUCCUCGCUCCAGCCCCUCAUCCCUCUGCUCAAGAGCGUCCCUGCAGAGGCCUACUCCGCCCUUCCCUUCCUCUUCAGCCUCGCCAUAGUGAACCCAAUCCGCAUAUCAUCUGGCGGUUUACCUCUUGACGCCUCUCCUUUGGAUCGUUUGGAGAAGCUAAAAGACAAUCUGCUCGGCCUGCUGCCCUCUCUGCCUCUCCUCAUGGAGUUACUCCCACAAGCCACGCUGGAGUGGAAGCUACACCUGCUGGAGAGUGGUUCUGCCUUCACAGAACCUCUGCUGCCUUCCGUUCGCGCACCAACACUCAUCAUUGCUGG